UUGGUGGAACCGACGGGAGCGCAAUGUAACAAAACAAGCGGCGUCUUUGUAUUUGCUUAAAGGAGCCGCGGUCGCUUGAAGCCAGACUGAGGGCGGGGGGGAGGCAAAGUAGCCUAGAAGAGCGGAGGAAAGAGCUUGCGCGGUCCCAGGUGGGACUCACGAUCCGGGAGGAGAAACUACGCGGGGAAAGCUCGGGCGGAGGAGGAAGGCGAGGAUUACCCAACCCAGAAGAAGGGGAGCAAAAGCCACGGAAGGAGAGAGCGAGAGCGACAGAGAGAGGAGGGGAGCCGAGCCUCGGAAAGCGGCAGGACGUCCAAGCGGCUCCGGUGGCGGCGCGAUCCAAGCGGGUCCGCGGAAGGGGGUCAUGGGAAGCGCGUUAGCCGCGUCGCUGGAGGAAGCUGCGGGCAGGGAGCGGGCAAAGUUUGCUCUAUGAUGGCUUGAGUGCGGCGGCUGGAAAGUUGCAGGGAGCGCCCGGGGGAGGCUUGUUCGAUGCCCCCAGCGGGCUGACUCCCUCGCUCGGAGCAGCCGGCGGUGUGUGUGUGUUUCUGUGUCCCGUGUUUUUCGUCUUCGACUCUCCUUCCCCCAAACCCCCCCGACCACUUUUCUUUUUUAAAAAAAUAUAUGUAUAAAAUUUAAAACAACAGCAACAACUUUGCGAUCGCCAUGUCGAAAGUGAUCCAAAAGAAGAACCACUGGACGACCAAGGUGCACCAAUGCACGGUGAGCCGCAGCGCUCAGGGCCAACUAGGGGUCACCAUCCUGGGGGGAGCGGAACACGGAGAGUUUCCUUACGUCGGGGCGGCGGCGGCAGCAGCAGCGGAGGGCAACGAAGGGGAGACGGCGCUUCUCGGCGGCGGCGAAGGGAAACUCGGCGAAGGGGAGCUAUUGCUGGAGGUGCAGGGCAUCCGGGUGUCGGGCUUGCCCCGUUACGACGUGCUGGGAGUUAUCCGGAGCUGCAAAGAUCCCAUUGUUUUCAAAGCCGUCAGACAAGGAAGUCGUCUGAACAAAGAUCUGAGACAUUAUCUCAACCAGAGGUUUCAGAAAGGAUCUCCAGAUCAUGAGCUGCAACAGACUAUUAGAGAUAACCUUUAUCGCCAUGCUGUGCCUUGCACAACACGUCCUCCACGAGAAGGAGAAGUGCCUGGUGUGGACUACAACUUUCUGACUGUGCAGGAGUUUCUUGAGCUUGAAAAAAGCGGCACACUUCUUGAAGUAGGAACUUAUGAAGGUAACUAUUAUGGAACACCCAAACCUCCCAGCCAACCCCUCAGUGGGAAAGUGAAUAACACUGAUGCUUUGCAAAACCUCCAGUCCGGCUCCAAGCAGUCGACCCCCAAACGAACCAAGUCUUACAAUGAUAUGCAAAAUGCUGGCAUAGUGCAUACAGAGAAUGAGGAGGAGGAUGACGUUCCUGAAAUGAACAGUAGCUUUACAGACUCCGGUGAACAAGACGAGCACAAUACACACAGUAUAAGAGACUCAGCUCCCCCAUCUGUGAAUAGCAACACCACCAUUGUUCCCACCACGGAACCUUCUCAGAAGCUCCCUCAAUACCUACCUCCUUGUGCAGAGGAAAACUUGGGUCCUCUGCCUGAAAACUGGGAGAUGGCCUAUACAGAGAAUGGAGAAGUCUACUUUAUAGACCAUAACACUAAAACGACGUCUUGGCUAGACCCACGGUGCCUGAACAAACAGCAAAAGCCUCUAGAAGAAUGUGAAGAUGACGAAGGGGUACACACGGAGGAACUGGACAGUGAACUAGAACUACCUGCUGGUUGGGAAAAGAUUGAAGAUCCUGUAUAUGGUGUCUACUAUGUAGACCACAUCAACAGGAAAACACAAUAUGAGAAUCCAGUUCUAGAAGCUAAACGAAAGAAACAGCUUGAGCAGCAGCAGCAGCAGCAGCCGCCACCACAACCACCACCAGAAGAAUGGACAGAAGAGCACCCCCCUCUUGCCCCUCCAGCUGUUCCAAACCAUGCUCCAAACAACCAGGAGACUGUUCGAGAUGCUCCAGUACAAGCAGGAAAACCAUUUUUCACUCGGAACCCAUCUGAACUGAAAGGAAAGUUCAUUCACACCAAACUGAGGAAAAGCAGCAGGGGUUUUGGUUUCACCGUUGUCGGCGGAGAUGAACCCGAUGAAUUUCUUCAGAUAAAGAGUUUGGUACUUGAUGGGCCUGCAGCACUGGAUGGCAAAAUGGAAACAGGGGAUGUGAUUGUCAGUGUGAAUGACACUUGCGUACUGGGCCACACGCAUGCUCAAGUUGUGAAAAUCUUCCAGUCCAUUCCCAUCGGUGCCAGCGUGGACCUAGAACUGUGCCGAGGUUAUCCCCUGCCUUUUGACCCAGAUGAUCCCAACACAAGCCUGGUGACAUCUGUGGCCAUUUUGGAUAAAGAGCCGAUCAUUGUGAAUGGGCAGGAAAACUAUGACUCUCCAGCAAGCCACAGUAGUAAAACGGGGAAAGUAAAUGGGAUGAAGGAGCCAAGGCCUAGCAGUCCUGCUGAGGUUUCUUCAAAUGGAUCCCACAGCUACCCUAACGACACCGUCUCUUUGGCUUCUUCUAUAGCAACGCAACCUGAACUCAUAACUGUACAUAUAAUUAAAGGGCCCAUGGGCUUUGGCUUUACUAUAGCAGACAGUCCCGGAGGCGGGGGACAGAGAGUGAAGCAAAUCGUUGACAGUCCAAGGUGCCGAGGCCUAAAAGAAGGGGAUCUUAUUGUUGAAGUCAAUAAGAAGAAUGUGCAGAAUCUAACUCACAACCAAGUUGUGGAUAUGCUGAUCGAAUGUCCUAAAGGAAGUGAGGUGACAUUGCUUGUGCAGCGAGGAGGACUGCCAGCCCCAAAGAAGAGUCCAAAGUCGCAACCACUUGAAAGGAAAGACAGCCAAAACAGUUCUCAGCACAGCGUCUCCAGCCACCACAGCACACACACUGCUUCACCUGUCCACGGCACUCAGGUGCUUCCGGACUACCCUGCCCCUGAAGCACCAGCUGCGGACCAACCAGACAACACUGGGCAAAAGAAGCCAGAUCCAUUCAAAAUCUGGGCCCAGUCCAGGAGCAUGUAUGAAAGCCGACCUAUGUCACCUUCGCCUGCGACUGGACUGAGCAAGGGUGAAAGAGAGAGAGAAAUCAAUUCCACGAAUUUUGGAGAAUUUCCAGAUUAUCAAGAGCAGGAUAUCUUUCUAUGGAGAAAGGAAACUGGAUUUGGAUUUAGGAUUCUUGGUGGAAAUGAGCCUGGGGAGCCUAUUUACAUCGGUCACAUUGUGCCACUGGGUGCUGCAGAUGCUGAUGGUCGCUUGCGAUCUGGAGAUGAAUUGAUCUGUGUGGAUGGAACGCCGGUUGUUGGGAAAUCUCACCAGCUUGUAGUCCAGCUUAUGCAACAGGCUGCUAAGCAAGGCCAUGUCAAUUUAACUGUCAGGCGCAAAGUGGUUUACACAGUUCCAAAAGCAGAGAAUGAGGUUCCCUCUCCAGCCUCAUCUCAUCACAGCAGCAACCAGCCUGCUUCUCUGACCGAGGAGAAACGCACCCCACAGGGAAGCCAGAACUCACUUAACACCGUCAGUUCAGGCAGUGGCAGCACCAGUGGGAUUGGGAGUGGAGGAGGCGGAGGCAGUGGAGUGGUCAGCACCGUGGUGCAACCAUAUGAUGUGGAAAUCCGCCGGGGAGAAAAUGAAGGCUUUGGAUUUGUCAUUGUGUCUUCAGUUAGUCGACCAGAAGCUGGAACAACUUUUGCAGGCAAUGCAUGUGUGGCCAUGCCUCACAAAAUAGGUCGGAUUAUUGAGGGGAGCCCAGCAGACCGUUGCGGGAAGCUGAAAGUGGGGGACCGGAUAUUGGCCGUAAAUGGAUGCUCCAUCACCAACAAAUCUCAUUCGGACAUCGUCAACCUAAUUAAAGAAGCAGGAAAUAUGGUUACUCUGCGCAUUAUUCCAGGGGAUGAAUCCUCCAACGCAACUUUAUUGACCAAUGCAGAAAAAAUUGCUACAAUUACAACCACACAUACUCCUCAACAAAUGCCGCAGGAGACCAGAAACAACGCAAAACCAAAGCAGGAGUCACAGUUUGAUUUCAAGCCACCCACAACCUCACAGCCGGACCAGGAUUUUUAUACAGUUGAGCUUGAAAGAGGAGCCAAGGGAUUUGGCUUUAGUCUGCGAGGCGGCCGAGAAUAUAACAUGGAUCUCUAUGUGCUGCGGUUAGCAGAGGACGGUCCUGCUGAGAGAUGUGGAAAAAUGAGGAUUGGUGAUGAAAUCCUGGAGAUCAAUGGAGAAACUACAAAGAACAUGAAGCAUGCUCGAGCCAUUGAACUAAUUAAAAAUGGUGGCCGCAAAGUUCGCCUGUUUCUCAAACGUGGAGAUGGCUCUGUACCAGAAUAUGACCCCAGCAGUGACAGGAACUGUCCAGCCACAGGUUCACAAAAUGUAUCGGAAGUGAAAAACAUGCCAUCUGACAGACGUCAACACUCAUCAUUGGAGCCCAGUUAUCCACCAGAUCUUCACAAAUCAUCACAACAUGGAGACAAGCGGAUAUAUUUUAAGGACCCAAAAGGCAGCAGAGAGUUUGGCAGACAAUCCAAUGAGCACCACACAUGGAAUGGAACUUCUAAAAACAGCAAUAGCAUAACAGGCAGAAAAAAAGACAGGUCACCAGAAGGGAGGCGACAACCAGAGAGAAUGGUGGUGAUCAAUGGACAGAAACGGAAAUCUCCUGAAAAGAGGAGGGAAGGUACUAGGAGUGCUGACAAUACCUUGGAGAGAAGGGAAAGACACGAGAAGAGGAGAGACUUUUCUCCGGAGAGACGAAGAGAGAGGUCACCAACUCGCAGGAGGGACGGCUCACCUAGCAGAAGGAGGCGGUCGCUGGAAAGGCUGAUGGAUCAAAGGAGGUCACCAGAUAGGAAGAGAGAGAGCUCACCCCCUGAAAGGAGAGCCAAGUCAACUGACAGGAGAAGGGAAAGGACUCCCGAACGGCAGAGAGACAGGUCUCCUGAGAAAAGGAA